AUGCCCUGCCUAAAUAACCUUGUCACCGUCCAGCUUCAUCCUAAAUAUUGGACUGGUCAGGCAGUGCUGCCUCUACAGACCGAUCCCGUCGCCUUCGAAGAGACCGCCGUGGCACCACGCCAGUGGUCUGUUCGUACCAUUGCCUGGACCGGAGGAAGCAAAUAUGCCUUUUGCAGCAUCGACUUCUCGAGCUUACUUCAGGCAAACCCAAGCUGCGACAAGAUCAUUAUUUACCUCGAGGUUGAUUAUGGUCCAUCGGUUCGCAAAGCUUUCCUACGAACCCUGUCGGCGCGUACCCAUCACCGCGUUUUCACUGCCACCUUUGGUCUGGCCGAGAAGGGUGGCGUUGUCAAGGUCCGACUGAUUCCCGUCAAUGAUCUCAAAUCGAAGCAAACACAUGUUCCCCCUCUCGUUUUGGUCUUCUACUACAUUCACUCCCUAAGCAUGGAGACUGGCCUCACAAUUGGAAACCCUUGGCUGCCGACCAGCGACUCGUAUCGCCGCCCGUCCGCGUGCGACGAAGAGAUGGAUGCGGCGAGCGCGAGGAUGGGGGUAAUAAAUAUACCCUCUGCGUCGCCUUACUUGACGACAGCGGAGGUGGCAUCGAAAGACGCAUGCAAGAGGAAGCCUCUUUCUGUCCAAGAACUCUUGGCGCCAGAGCCCAAACGUCGUCUGGAUCGACAUUGCCGCGAAAAUGCUCGAAAGAAUGCUUCAAAACCUAUGGCGAGCGCAAAGCCUUCGACGAUGGGGCUGGCACUUCAGAAACGAGUUCGAGUCAUCUUGCCUGGUUCUCCACCUGUCUCAAUGGUCGCGGCAGAGGAGCGAUGGCGGCACCAGCUCCAGCGCGAUCAGUUGGUCAAGAAGCUCGCGGUGUUGAACGGGUACCAUCAGCACAAUCGGCUCGCGACUGGUGUAUCAAGCCGUAUCAUCGCUCUCAAAGUUGCACAAAUUGCACGCGUGCAGUGCAAGGGUUUCUCGGCCGACCUGACUUUCAGACAUGACAGCGACUCCAGCAACGCUUACAAGCUCAAGGUCGCAACAAAAUUCAGCAGUCUUGUCAACGGCAAGAGAAAAGGGAGGGGAAUAGCAAGCACAUUUCAGCCCAAGUCCCACACAAUCUUGCAUGUAGCUGUAUAUUGGUUCCUCAUGUUGCGCUCGUCGUAUCUCGAGAGCUUGCAGGCCAUUUGUGUGUGCACAUACGGCAAAGGAGUUGACGUCGCUGGACACAGUGUGCUACACACCCCGCAGUAG